CUUUGUUUUGACAGAUUCCGGUGACAUUCACACUUCCGGUUUCAGGUAUCACAGCACUUGAAGGACAGUUCCGAUCACUUGUUCUGAGGAGCUUUAGGGUUGUUUUCAGUAUUUGUCAUCAAUAAAGGCGCCAUCAUGCGAAGUGUGCGUCUGCUGCUGAUCCCCGUGCUGCUGCUCCUCCUGGCCCUGCCCGCGUCCAGAGGACGUUACAAUGACGACUUUGACGACGGGGAGGACCUGGCAGACUUUGAUGACAAUGACUUUGCCGAGUUCGAGGACAUGAACGACGACUUGACGGCGGAGGCAGAAACGGCCCCCCCGCCACGCGCCUCUCCGUCGUCACAGCAUGAAGAGGACGAAGAUGAAGACGAGGCCACGGUGGAGCUGGAGGACGGUCAGGACGGAUUUGAGGACUCGGAGACACAAGAUCAAGACAUGUACAGUAAAUUUGACCAGGAGGAGUUUGAGGGUGUUGGAGACAUGGAGAAGACAGGUCACUCCAUGAAGGACCCCCUUAUAAUCCACACGGUUCCAGCACAUCUCCAAAACAGCUGGGAGAGCUACUACAUGGAGAUCCUGAUGGUGACCGGCCUGUUGGCCUACAUCAUGAACUACAUCAUUGGCAAGAACAAAAACAGCCGGCUGGCCCAGGCCUGGUUCAACUCCCACAGGGAGCUCCUGGAGAGCAACUUUGCACUAGUGGGUGAUGAUGGCACCAGUAAAGAACCAGUGAGCACCGGGAAGCUGAAUCAGGAAAACGAGCACAUCUACAACCUGUGGUGCUCCGGACGCGUGUGCUGCGAGGGCAUGCUGAUUCAACUCAAGUUUCUGAAGAGGCAAGACCUGCUCAACGUUCUGGCCAGGAUGAUGAGGCCCGCCUGUGACCAAGUGCAAAUCAAAGUGACUCUGAAUGAUGAGGACAUGGAUACUUUUGUGUUUGCCGUGGGUACUAAGAAGGCCAUGGCCCGGCUGCAGAAGGAGAUGCAGGACUUGAGUGAGUUCUGUGGGGACAAGCCAAAGUCCGGGGCUAAGUACGGGCUCCCGGACUCCCUGGCCAUUCUCAGCGAGAUGGGCGAGGUCACAGAUGGCGUGAUGGACAACAAGAUGGUGCAUUAUGUCACAAACCAUGCUGACAAGAUCGAGUCCAUCCAUUUUUCAGACCAAUUUUCUGGUCCAAAAGUUAUGCAAGAAGAAGGUCAGCCACUAAAGCUGCCUGAGACCAAGAAGACACUACUGUUUACAUUUAAUGUGCCUGGCAUGGGCAACACGUCUCCCAAAGACAUGGACUCUCUGCUCCCUCUCAUGAACAUGGUGAUAUACAGCCUGGAUAAAAUCAAGAAGCUCCGACUCAACAGAGAGGGCAAACAGAAGGCGGACAGAAACCGGUCCCGCGUGGAGGAGAACUUCCUGAAGCAGACUCACGCUCAGCGCCAGGAGGCAGCCCAAACCCGGCGGGAGGAGAAGAAGAGAGCCGAGAAGGAGAGGAUCAUGAACGAGGAGGACCCCGAGAGGCAGCGUCGUUUGGAGGAAGCAGCUCAGCGGCGUGAGCAGAAGAAGAUCGAGAAAAAGCAGAUGAAGAUGAAGCAGAUCAAAGUGAAAGCCAUGUGAAAGGUCCCCGCAGAUAACGAGCACACGACCACCACGCUCAGCACGUCCACAGCUCUCAUUCACGGCCACCCAACAGCCGCAGAGCCUCCCGCCUGGCCUCCGGCCGCCACCCACUCUCCGAUGAGCCAUCAGCGUGGCAGAUCUGCUUUAGAUCCACGCCAGAAUUUUUCUGUAAAAUUUGAUUUCAAAGUCAGAAAGCUCCCAGAGCUUUUUAAAUGUGAUCGCUGGGAAGGAGCACACCACACCGAGGUGGUGCGUCCCAUUCUUUUAAAGGACAGACACCAUUUCCACGCCAUUGGAAAUUUAUUUAGCAUUAAUAUAAUCUCUAAAUGAUAAUGUUGAGGAAAUUUUUAAUUUAUAUGUUCUAUGAAAUCUGUCUCCUGCAGGCUGUUUCUAAUUCAUAUGUGAGUGAAUAAUAAAGUGCACUGGAUUCUGCUGGGAAACUGUCUUUAAUUUAGUUUUGAAGAACAAAUGGAAUCAUUUCUUAUCAGUGGUUUGAAACGGCAGCACUUGGGAAACGAUCCAGACCUCUCCGUGUCAGCGGGGCAGAGUUUAAAACGGGACCCAGAAAAGUUGAGACGCGAGGCUAAAUUUAACUGGAGGUGGUGUCAGCAGAGUCUGGGCCGGAUCCCGUUUCAGCAGCGUGGUUCUCUGUGGCCACGCGGCCCCACGCGACCUGGAAAAUCUUUACGGUGCAAAACUGCAAAUAGUAAAAGUUGAAACUUUCCCCUGACAUGCAAAGAGAAUACUGAUGAAAACAGGCUAAGAUGAGCUACUGCUAAAGCUUUGUUCUGCUCAGCCAACUAUUAGUUUUGGAAACACCGGUUAUGUCCGCCAGACUGAGAAAAGCACUUCUCUUUCCGUUUCUUUCAGCAGUAAAUUAUUAAAUGACCAUAUUGUUUUUUUCUAAAGCUGUGCCAGCUGUGGCUUGUUAUGAACGAUGUGUGGUAAACUGACCCAACUUUGAGGAGCCACAGUCACUGCCCUAUUAAAUUCAGAGAAGUUGAUUUGUCCUUUAAAUUGAUCUUCAAUCUGCAUCUAUUUUUAUUCAGUUUUAUUUAUUGCAUUGGUAUAUUUGAUUUAUUUCUGUGUCAGGUUUUGAUUUGUUUUCAUCCUAUACAUUUUAUUUAGCAUAAUUUUGGGAAAUAUACAUUAAUAUACUCUAAAAGUAUUCAAGAAAUGCGAACAAUUAAA